CCCAGAGAGCGAUCUGAGCGCACUGAGCACCAUCACCCUGCAACCGACCCAUCCGCUCCCACCAUCCAUCGCCAACAGAAAACCAGCUCCGACCGAGCGACCUGCCUCCUCCUCGCCUGCACUGCAGCUGUCAAGUCCUCCAGACCAGAGAGAGGAGGUCCCGUGAAGACAAACAAUGCCAUGGCCACCAGCUGCGACGACAUAAACCUGGAUUUUACCCACACCUUCCUACCAGCUGUCUACAUCCUCGUCUUCAUCAUCGGCUUCACGGGCAACUGCUGGGGCUUGAAAACCGUCUUCCGCAACUGGAAGAAGGUGGGCAACAUAAACCUGUUCCUGCUCAACCUCGGCGUGGCCGACCUGCUCUACGUCUUCUCGCUGCCCCUCCUCGUCACUUACUACCUGGAGGGGAGCCGCUGGAGCUUCGGCUACGCGUCCUGCGUGGUCACGCGCUUCUGCUUCAACCUCAACCUCUACGGCAGCAUCGGCUUCCUCACGUGCAUCUGCGUGUACCGCUACCUGGGCAUCGUGUACACCAUGGAGACGCUGGGCAGGAUCAAGACGCGACACUCCGCGGGCAUCUGCGCGCUCGUCUGGGUGCUCGUGCUCGCCCAGAUCCUGCCCGACGCGAUCAUGUUCGACAAGUCCAAGCCCAACUCCUCCGAGUCGUGCUUCGACACCACCGGGAACGAGAGCCUGCGGAACUACCUGCCCUACAGCAUCGGCUGGUCCUUCACGGGCUUCGGCAUCCCGCUGCUCAUCAUCAUCUUCUGCUACGGCCACGUCGCCGUGGUGCUGGCCACCCGAGCGAAGGCGAGCGCGCGGCUGCUCAAGCAGCGCUGCCUCAAACUGGUCAUCAUCCUCGUGCUCCUCUUCUCCGUCUGCUUCAUCCCGUACCACGUGUUGCGCAACCUCAACCUCGCCACGAGGAUACUGAAAAUGGAGGGCAAGUGCCGACCCCACUUCGGCAGCGUGUACCUCGCGCACCAGGUGAGCCGCGGACUCGCGAGCACGAACAGCGCCAUCAACCCGCUCAUCUACCUGCUCGGCAACGACGGCUUCGCGGAGCGCUGCCGCGCGCUGCGCGCGCGCGCCCGCGCGUCGUUCUCGCGACUCACGGGUGUCGUGGUGUACCGGCACGCGCAGGAGGUCGAGUCCGCGGAUGUGUGAAAGCUUUCCGAAAGAACCUGCGUCUUCCAAGACCUGCUUUAAUGGCCUCAGUGGCAAAAGUGUAGCAUGAUGAUUUAUUACGGAAUCAUUUCUUCUUAAAAAUGCCUGAUCACUGCCGCGUGAAGCAGUUGAGUUGAAGACAUUGCGUCCUCAUUAUUUCAUGAUCAUCAUGAUCCAAAUAUCAACUGCAUAUCAUCGUUAUUAUUGUUAUGGUUGCAUUAUUAUUUUCUGCUCAAAUUAUUUAUAAUGCCAACCAGCCUUUUAUGCUGCCGGACAUUUACAGGAGGAAUCCAGGUAAAGUACCUUGCCCAGGGCUCCUCCUCCUUCUUCCAGAUACUUGAACUGCCAGUGUUCACAUUAAAAGUGUGUAUCCAUCCUAUAGCACUGCGCUACCUGCUGUAGUAACUUACUCACUCUACUGUGUGUAGCACUGGAGAAAAGCAUCAGCUGAUUGUGUAAAUGUACCAGUGCUGUUCAUUUGGAUAAAACAGUCGGUUAUUAUUGGGCCUCAUUUUGGUUUCUGCUUCUGAAAAUCAUUUUUGACAAUCAUUUGUUGGGCUGCACGGUGGCCCAGGAAGUAGUGCUCUUGUCUCAUAGCACCUGGCUGGUGCAAGAGAACGUGGAUUUGAUCCCUGCUCAGUCUCUGUGGAGUUUACGUGUUUUCCAGAUGUUUGCAUGGCUUUCCUUCAGGUGCUCUGGUUUCCACCCACAGUCCAAAGACAUGCUUUCAAGUGGUCUGUUGACUUUAAAUUUCCCGUUGUGUGUGUGUGUGCAAGAGAGACAGUGUGUUUCACCGGUGUGUAGACGAGUGACUCAUUGUGCAGAGUAUUUCUAGCGUCAUAAGCCUCCUUGGAUUAAAAAAGGUCUCACCUACAUACUACACAAUGUUCACUGAAAGCUGCUUUGGAGGAAAGCAUGUGCUAACUGAAUAA